AAACGUAAAACCUGGGAGUUCCCCUUACCGGGCGCUGCUGGAAUCCCUGCAGCUCAGCCAAGACUCUAUGAAAAUCCAGCUUAUUAAUGAAGCCAACAAGGUUCCUCUCCUCCUGGAGUUUUACGGCCUGAAGGGGAACAUGACCCGCCUGCGGAUCAACGAACUGACGCCCCUCAAAGCCCGCUAUGAGGUACACGACGUCUUAAUCCAGGACCCUCCCACCUCCAGAUUGUCUGUCACAGGCCGCGACGAGAACAGUGUGGAGCUGUCGCUGGAGGAGGGGACUCACAAGGUGAUCCUGACGGCGAAGCCCUUUCGCAUGGACUUGCUGGCGGGGCGGGAGCUGGUGUUGAGCGUCAAUUCCCGGGGCCUGCUGGUGUUUGAGCAGCUGCGAGAGAGGAAGGACUCUUUCUCGGAUAAAGUUAGUGACACGGUCGUUAGCAUUUGGGAUAGGAUCACGAGCCUUUUCUCUAGUACGCCGGCGAAGGAAGCCGAGUCGGAAGAAGAAGAGUCUGACGACACGGCUAAUCCCGUUUUGCCUUCGGAAGAGGAGUCGGCGGAGAAAACGGAGCAGCCUGAGGAGGCCUCCCAAAAGGACGCUGAAGAGGAUCCAGGAUCCUGGGAAGAAACUUUCAAGACCCACACGGAUAAAAAACCCAAUGGACCAACGUCGGUGGGACUUGAUUUCUCGUUCCCGGGAGUGGAGAACGUCUACGGCAUCCCAGAACACGCGGAUAACCUCCGUCUGCGAACCACUGAGGGAGGAGAUCCGUACCGUCUCUAUAACUUGGACGUCUUCCAGUACGAACUCUACAACCCGAUGGCGCUCUACGGAUCGGUCCCGGUGUUGUUAGCUCACAGCGCCCAGCGCACCCUCGGCAUGUUUUGGCUGAACGCAGCCGAGACCUGGGUGGACAUCACCUCCAACACAGCGGGCAAGACCAUGUUUGGGAAGAUGCUGGAUUACAUACAAGGAGGCGGCGAGACGCCCCAGACAGACGUCCGCUGGAUGUCGGAGAGCGGAAUCAUAGACGUGUUCCUCUUGCUGGGCCCUUCGCCCACGGACAUUUUCCAGCAAUACGCGUCCCUCACAGGCACCCAGGCCCUGCCUCCCCUCUUCGCCCUGGCUUAUCAUCAGAGCCGCUGGAACUACAACGACGAGGAAGACGUGGCCGCCGUGGACAACGGCUUCGACGACCACGACAUCCCCUACGACGUCAUCUGGCUGGACAUCGAACACACCGACGGCAAGCGCUACUUCACCUGGGACCCCAACAAGUUCGCCCACCCCCUGGAGAUGCUGCAGCGGCUGGCCGCCAAGAGGAGAAAGAUGGUGAGCAUUGUUGACCCGCACAUCAAAGUCGACAAUGGCUACCGAAUCCACAAUGAAAUCCGCUCCCGGGAUUUUUACGUCAAGACCAAAGAUGGGAAUGACUAUGAAGGCUGGUGCUGGCCAGGUUCUGCGGGCUAUCCCGAUUUCACCAACCCCGAGAUGCGUUCCUGGUGGUCCAGCAUGUUUGCUUACGACCAGUACGAGGGUUCCAUGGAGAACCUCUACACCUGGAACGACAUGAACGAGCCUUCGGUCUUCAACGGUCCCGAGGUCACCAUGCACAAGGACGCCGUCCACCAGGGUGGGUGGGAGCAUCGCGAUGUCCACAAUCUCUACGGCUUCUACGUGCAAAUGGCGACCGCCGAGGGACAGGUGCAGCGGUCCGGCGGCAUGGAGCGGCCCUUCGUGUUGACCCGAAGCUUCUUUGCGGGUUCACAACGUUACGGGGCUGUAUGGACCGGAGAUAACGCAGCCGAAUGGGACCACCUAAAGAUCUCCAUACCCAUGUGCCUGAGCCUCGCUCUAGUGGGCAUCUCUUUCUGUGGAGCUGACGUGGGUGGCUUCUUCAAAACUCCGGAGCCGGAGUUACUGGUGCGCUGGUACCAAGCGGGGGCCUAUCAGCCCUUCUUCCGGGCGCACGCACACGUGGACACCACCCGCCGGGAGCCCUGGCUCUUCGGCGACGAGAACAAAGCGCUGAUCCGGGAGGCCAUCCGCCAGCGUUACGCUCUGCUUCCCUUUUGGUACACCCUCUUCUAUCAAUCUUACCGGACCGGGCAGCCCGUCAUGAGACCGCUGUGGGUCGAAUACCCCCAAGACCCUACCUUGUACGCCAUUGAUGACCAGUAUCUGCUUGGCGAUGCGUUGUUGGUUCAUCCAGUAACUGCACAAGGAGCCCGGGGUGUACAAAUCUAUUUACCUGGCAAAGGAGAGGUUUGGUACGACGUCCACACCCACCAGAAGCUCCACGCCCCGCAGACGUUUUAUCUGACGGUCAGCAUGAGCAGCAUUCCCGUCUACCAACGUGGCGGCAGCAUCGUGGCCCGGAAGGAGCGGGUCCGGCGUUCUUCGGACUGCAUGCAGGACGAUCCAUACACGCUCUACGUUGCUUUGGGGCCUCAGGGAACGGCACAAGGGGAGCUCUUCGUCGACGACGGACACACGUAUAAUUUUGAGACGAAAGGACAGUAUCUGCACCGCCUCUUCCGUUUCUCCGGCAACGUGCUGACGGCCAGUACGGCAGAUCCAAAAGGCAGCUUUGAAACCCCGGCCUGGAUCGAAAGGGUGGUGAUCCUCGGCGCGGGCAAACCGGGGGCCGUCUUUCUCAAACAACAGGGAGCCGGCGAGACCCGCCUGGAUUUCAGCCACGAAGCCGAAUCCUCCGUCUUAACCAUCCGCAAGCCUGCCGUGAACGUCGGAGAAGACUGGAGCAUCUCGCUACGAUAA